GAGGUUAUUGGUGAAGAACCUAAACAUGUAGAAAUAACUGAAGCAAGUUCUCAACUUGUUAAUGGAACGAAUCAUUUUGUUAAGGUCAAACAUGAUGGGAAAACUUGGCAUAUACGACUCCAUGAAGCAUUGCCGUGUUAUGGAAGUGAGUUGACCGUGCACAGCCACAGAGAAGUUACGGAUGCCGAACCACUGACCUAUUUCUAA